AUGUCGGAAUCAAAUAUGGCAGUACAUUCUCCUGUUGAUCCUUUUGAUGCAGAUUCCCACUCAAAAUACAUUUCCUCUAUCCGAUUGCUCGAAAGCUCCUCGCCAUCAUUUCACGAACAUUUGGCCAAUGCGUAUUUGAAGAAGUUGGAACACUUUGUUCUUUCACCAAUUGAGUAUACGCAAUGGAUGGACGAUGUAAAUAAAUUAGAGGAUAUUGAACAACAGAAGACCUUUCUAUUGAAGAUUUACUCGUAUAUUGUAAAAGAUUAUUCCGUAGUUGAGUAUUGGAAGCCUUAUUUGGAGUUGGCUAUUUCUUGUGAAGAUCUCCAUUUGAUAGACGAAGCUAGUUUAAACUCAUUAUUUGAAGAAGCGUUGUAUGACACUGUAUAUGACUAUCAAAACACCAGUAAAAUAUGGAAAAUUAUCAUAUCAUAUUAUGAAGCUAAACUACAGGAUGAUGACCUAUUCCUGAAAUUGGUGGGCCUCCAUAAGAGGAGACUCUCAUAUCCUCAUGAAACAUUGGAUGAGUCCUUUCAAGACUUCUCGUCUUUUAUUUCUAAUAAUGACCCCAAAAAUUACCUGAAGCAUAUGCCUUUGGUAAAUAAAGUGUAUUCUAGGUCUAAAAGGCAGCAAAGAUAUUAUGAGAUUCACGAAUUGAAAAUCUCGAAAGAUCCUUCCAACAUCAACUUAUGGCUAGAAUACCUACAAGCCGUUUGCGAAUAUGCAAAUGGAGACAUCCAAAAAAUGAAUACUUUGUUCGCCAGAGCAACUUAUUCUGUAGAUAAUAUACAGAUCUGGCUCAGUUAUCUCUAUGUGAUAUAUGAUCCAAAGAACAAAUUCUCCAAGUCCCAAACAGAAACGUUUUUGACUAAUUUCGUAAGGAAAUACCCAGAAUCACCCUUAAGCCAUGCUGAAUACAUUCGUAAUUGCCUUGAAUUUGUCGAAGGGGGCUAUCAGAAAUUUCUUAGUGCUAGAAAUAGAGUUAACAGCAGUAACUUAAUGGAAGCAAGUGCUUAUGAUGAAUGGAAAAUUCUUGCACUUUCUAUAUUGACUUCUGAGACCUCAAUCACAAGAACUGGUGAAAAUUUGGACAUUGUGGAUUUAUUGUACGCCGACAUAGGCAGCUUCGUCGAGUUUGCAAUUACCAAGAAUAAUGAUGGAUUCCAUACUGUAGAGAAAACUUCUAUCGUUAUAUUUGAAGAAUUGGAAGAUUUAGAAAGUUGCAUAUCAAUAUUAGAUAGAUUGUUGAAGAACUUCAGAGACCAAAGUGAUAUUUGGCUAUACGUUUGUGAACGUCAGAAAAAGUAUGGAACUCCAGUUGAGCAAAUCGCUCAAAUUUUGGAGUUUGCAAUUGAAAAUCCCACUAGUUUAGACUGGCCAGAAAAGAUUAUUCAAGAAUGGUUGAGCAUGAAGCAAUUGAAUUUUGACUUGGAAGAAUAUAAGAGAAGUCUUUUGAAAGCAAAUAGUGCAUUUACUUUAGUCAAUUUGGAAAGAAUUAAAAGGCAAGAGGUAGCUGAACAGAUAAUUGAGGAAAGUAUUGAAAAGAAAAGGCCCCACGAUGAAGAACCCGAUGAGCAAUCCAAACGACAAAAGCCUUCUGAAAGUAAAGAACAAGCCAGGAAUAGAGAAGAGUUCACUGUGCGCGUUACAAAUCUUCCUAACGAUAUAACUGAGAAAAGGGUCUCGCAGCUUUUUAAAGACUGCGGAGAGAUAAGAGAGAUCAAGUUAAUUGAGGUCGAAAAUGAACUUCCCCAAGCAACUGUAGAAUUCUCGAGUGAAAAGGAACUACUCGCAGCAGUAACCAAAAAUUUAAAAAUGAUAGGUGAACAGGUAGUGAACGUCUUUAGAGCUGUUGUCUCAACUGUCUGGAUAACCAAUUUUCCCCCAAGUAUGGGACACGGAGAUCUUGAGAACUACUUCGGCUCAAUUGGAAAAGUGGUGAGUAUUCGUUUUCCUUCCUUGAAAUACAAUAAUACCCGUAGGUUUGGGUAUGUUGAGUAUGCAACCGCUGAAUUGGCAAACCACGCAGUGACCACCUUUGAUGGUAACGAAUUGAAAGAUGAACUUGAUGGGAAGACAUAUAGGCUUGUUGUCAAGAUUUCAAAGCCAGAAGAUAAAUUAAAGCGGAAAGACAACGCAGUAUAUGAAAGCAGAGAAAUAUUUAUUCAAAAUUUGGAUUUUAAGAAGGUUUCCAAGGAUGUUUUAGAGAAAGAAUUCACUGAAUAUGGAGACAUCGAAAGAAUCGUACUCCCAGCUCCCAAACAGCAUGCUAAUGACAAAGGUACUAGCAAGAACUUGAAUAGUGGGUUUGGGUUUAUUACUUUCAAGUCUGCAGUUUCAGCUACAAAUUCCUUAGCAAAAAAUGGACAAGUUAUCAUGGAUAGGAAGGUGCAAGUAUCAAUAGCACAACCAAAAAAGGAUAUACCACACAAGGAAUUGAAGUUCGACUUUGCCAGAACAAUUAGUAUAUUGAACCUAAGCGAUACGAUUAAUCAAGAGCAAGUUAACAAAUUUGCAGGUGUCGUUGGGAGAAUCAGCAAGAUUGAUUUGCGCCCGCAGGAGAAUGCAGCGCUAGUUGAGUUUGAAGAGGUUGCAGAUUCUGGAAAAGCAUCUUUGAUUCUUGCAGGUAAGGUAAUUGAAGGGAAGCCUGUUGAAAUCGGGACAUAUUUCGACUUGAAGAAGAAAGUUAAUACAGGAGGCGGAGGUGCAGGUGCUGCCGCAGGAGACAAGCCAAAAUUGAUGAUGCCGGCUUCAGUAGCGAAAAGAAGGAAGAAGAAGCAAGAAUAG